GGCCAACAGGGCCGGUCAGCCGGAGGAGCGUUGGGCAAGCUAGUGAGGAGCCUCCACUCUUCCAGGGUGAAGCUGUCCAGCUGCUGCAGCCAGGAGGUGAGACGCCCAGAAUUGCCCAGCCAUGUCAGAUGUGGAAUUUGGACGGAUGUCUAUCAAAGAGCCUGAGCUGGAUGGCAGACGCAGCCCUGCCCUGCCCCACUGGUAUGAGCACUACCUGCAGCCAUGCCUCGGGGAGCUGGUGGGCUCAGCCUUCUUCAUCUUCAUCGGCUGCGCUUCAGUCAUUGAGAACUCAGAGGGCACGGGGAGGCUACAGCCAGCCUUGGCCCACGGAUUGGCGCUGGGGCUCACCAUUGCCGUCUUGGGGAACAUCAGCGGAGGCCACUACAAUCCUGCUGUCUCCCUGGGGGCAUGGCUCGUUGGUGGGCUGAACAUGGUGAUGGUCAUUCCAUACUGGAUCUCCCAGCUGUGCGGGGGAAUGAUUGGAGCUGCCCUGGCCAAGGUGACAACAACGUGGGAGAGAUAUGAAAAUGCCACAGGAGCAGCCUUCACUGCCAUUUCCUCAGACCACCAGCUCCCUGCUGCUGUGGUGGGGGAGAUUGUGAUGACCAUGUUCCUGGUGCUGGCUGUCUGCAUGGGUGCCAUUAACGAGAAAACCAAGAGUCCACUGGCACCCUUCUGCAUUGGCUUCACAGUCACAGUGGACAUCCUGGCUGGGGGUGCUGUUUCUGGAGCCUGCAUGAACCCGGCCAGAGCAUUUGGCCCUGCAGUGGUUGCAAACUACUGGGACUAUCACUGGGUGUACUGGGUGAGCCCCAUGGGGGCCGGACUUCUGGUUGGUGCAUUGAUAAGGUUCUUGAUUGGAGACGCGAAGACCCGCUUCUUCCUCAAAUGAGGGCGCCCCGAGAGGCUCCUGCCCGCGGUCCCGGGACCCCCCCCCGACCCCCUUCCCUGGGUGACCCCGGGCACCGCACAGCGGGCUUGGCUCGCCGCUGCUCUCCGUCCUCCCCGGGGGAGACAGGGCCGGCGCUCCGCCAAGCGCUUGCUUUUGCCCCGCAAAAAAAGGGCGAUGCGAUCCUCCCCCCCCCGUUUGCCGAAAUAGUAACUCCGCCUCCCUUCCGAAAUCCCCGAGGGACGAUUCCUUCAGUCCCCGCUGGGACGGCCUCUUUUUUUUUUUUUUAACGUUCCGUCAACCGAGAGAGGCAAAAGGACAGGAAGCGCAGCAGGACCGGCAGAGGCCGGCACGAAUCGGGCGCGGCACCGAGGGCAGCCGGUCCCGGAGGCCGCUUCGGACGAAUCGGCCCCCCGAAGCCGCCGCGCCAAGCGACAGCCGCGCACCCGGAGCCGC